AUGAGCGCGGUGGUCAAACACGGCUCUCCGGCCCCUUCAGCGGAUCACAGUAGCGGGGAUCGUGACUCGCCUGAUAUCACCGAGCACUCGGGGCAGAAUCCGAAAAAUGGGAAAAUGACCAAGGCGAACGCAAAGGACCCCUCGCGACCGCGUCGGAAGAAGGCCCGGCGUGCCUGCUUUGCCUGCCAGCGCGCCCAUUUGACUUGCGGCGACGAGCGGCCAUGUCAGCGCUGUAUCAAGCGCGGCCUCCAGGAUGCUUGCCAUGAUGGUGUACGCAAAAAGGCAAAGUAUCUGCACGACGCCCCGGACGGAGCCUUGAUGCCCGGAGUCGGUGGCAACGCCUUUUACAACAACAAAAACUCUGCGCGCAACAAUGUGCCCAGAAAUGGCACCACUGCAGUUAAUACGAACGCGCAGCAACAAACACCGAAUGCCGCGGCCAAUGGCAAUUUCUAUCCCACGCCGCAGCAGGCGCAGUCACAACCAGGGUCUUACAACGUCUUUCAGGAACCCUCGAUGGCCCAGAGUCCCUUUACCACCCAGUCACCUCUGUCGCCAACGUUCAACAUGAAGAAUACCCCGAACGUCCGGAAUGCCAGUCUGUCUUCGACCGUGAACCAGCCCACGCCCAACAACGCGCUCUCCGGGGACACUACUCAGGGCCAAAAUCCAUUUGCAGGGCCAUUCUUCGACCCCAGUGAUCCAGCGCUGUUCAAUUUUGACUUAUCCAGCAUGAACUUUGAGAAUCGAUACGGUGCUCUGGAGUUUGGCAUGCUUGGUCACAUGGCCACACGGGGGCUGGAGAUUCUCCCAGCGAUUCUGCAACGCAGCGCGGGUCGAUCGGCCGCACCUUUCAUGUUUGGUGAUCCCAUGCUCAACGAUUGGUCGAGUGGACAGGCCUCGGGCCAUGUGAACGUCGGCGGGGUGUAUGGCCAAAACGGCAUGCUGCCGGGCCAAAUGAAACCUGAUGCGCCUCAUGCUUUUGCAAUCGAGAGUGGCCCAGCGAACUUCACGAGCCCCGCCUCGGCCAGUAGUCCGCAUGUCCCGACCGCUGGGGUCGAGGAUCCUUCCUUCAACAAUGUGGUCGGAGCCAAGUCGAAUAGCCUUGCGCCCAAUGGACAGCGGCCCCUGAUCUCAACACCCAGCUUGAAGCAUCAGAGUCUCCAAGUCGGCCCGAAACGACGUCAUCGCAACCCGUCGUCGAUCUAUGAGAGCGUGAAGGAGCCGUACGCCUACACCACCGGGUUCCACAGUCUGACUGCCUUCAUCCAACGACGGUUUUCACCACAAAAGACGGUGCGCAUUGCCAAAGCGCUCGCAUCUAUCCGGCCAUCAUUCAUUGCGACUACCAAGACGUUGAAUCGAGAUGAUCUCGUGUUCAUGGAGAAGUGCUUCCAGCGGACGCUGUGGGAAUAUGAGGACUUCAUCAAUGCGUGCGGCACACCGACGAUCGUCUGUCGUCGUACCGGCGAGAUCGCCGCCGUGGGCAAAGAAUUCAGUAUCCUGACCGGGUGGAAGAAGGACGUGUUACUCGGGAAAGAACCGGACCUCAACGUCAAUACUGGCGGAUCAUCAAUGCCCCAAUCCGGCACGACAUCACGCGGCAGUUUCACACCGCGAAGCUCGACGCUCGAGAAUGCCACUAGUAGCGGACGCCCCCAACCGGUGUUCCUGGCCGAACUGAUGGAUGAGGACAGUGUGGUCGAGUUCUACGAGGAUUUUGCCCGGCUUGCGUUUGGUGAUUCGCGUGGAAGCGUGAUGACGCGCUGCAAGCUGCUCAAGUACAAGACCAAGGAGGACAUGGAACUGGCGCAGUCGGACGAGGGCAAGUGGAAUAGUCACCUGCGCAAGGGCGGUAUUGCCGGCGAGGCGGGUAUGAAUCAGCUCGGAUUCAAGGAUGGAAAGGUCGAAUGCGCGUACUGCUGGACGGUAAAGCGUGAUGUCUUCGACAUUCCUAUGCUUAUUGUGAUGAAUUUCUUGCCGUGUAUUUGA